AUGAUGCAAGUGAACCGAAGGAAUGAAACGAACAAUGCUUGUUGUGGAAUGCCGGGGGACGCCGGGACAAGCAGGGAUGAGGCCCCACUGAUGGAACGACGCAGCGAGGACAUGCCCACCUCCAUCCACAGAUAUGAGAGAGUUUACAUGAGCUACCUGCACUUGCAAUUUUGUGUCGUGGACUUUGAGGAUACCAUGUUCAUUUCAGUCACGGACGAACGCAACCAGUUAACAGACCUCCAGGCAUCCUACCCAGUGAAAUAUGUGGAUGCAGAUAACACGGCGUGUCUGGUGGGAGAGCCCCACUCACACGGAAACGAUGUGGCGCGGCUGUUAGGCAUGAAAUUCAAGAUCCCCUUCUACGUGAGCGUUAAUGUUGAUGAAGGAGAUGAGGGCCUGACGAAUUUUAUUUUCUCCACCUGUUUGGAAAUACUAAAGCCGUUGUUCAGUGAUGGGAGACGUACCCGUGCGUGA